AUGGUUAGGGGCGCUUUGUUUACCUACGUUCGUCCGGAACCCGCUGAGACGCCGGAGUUGCUCGGCGUGAGUUCCAGAGCCCUGAAGGAUCUGGGAUUGAAGGCUGGAGAGGAGAAGACUGCUGAGUUGCAGCAAUUAGUUGCAGGCAAUUCGAUCUCUUGGACUGAGGAGAGCGGCGGUGUCUAUCCCUGGGCACAGUGCUACGGUGCCCUGAACGCCCUCGGCAUACCAACAACAAGAGCCCUAUCCCUAACCCUCCUCCCCAAAUCAAAAGUCCUACGAGAGCGCCUAGAACCCGGCGCAAUCGUGGCCCGCUUCGCCGAAAGCUGGCUCCGAAUCGGAACAUUCGACCUCCUCCGCGUCCGAGGCGAGCGCGACCUAAUCCGCCAACUAUCAACCUACAUCGCAGAAGAAGUCUUCGGAGGCUGGGAAAAGCUCCCCUCUGCCUUCCCCAUCCAAACGACCCAAACAAUCCAAGACGUCGACUCCAACCGCUUCGCCCGCCUAUACCGCGAAAUCGUCCGGCGCAAUGCCAAAACCGUCGCCGCAUGGCAGGCAUACGGAUUCAUGAACGGCGUCCUAAACACAGACAACACCUCCAUCUACGGUCUCUCGCUAGACUACGGCCCCUUCGCCUUCAUGGAUAAUUUCGACCCGUCAUACACGCCCAACCACGACGACCACAUGCUCCGCUACUCCUACAAGAACCAGCCCAGCAUAAUCUGGUGGAACCUCGUGCGACUCGGCGAGUCCCUGGGCGAACUCCUCGGCGCGGGAAACCGCGUCGACGACGAAGUCUUCGUAAAAGACGGCGUCAGCGCCGACAUCGAAGCCGAGGUCAUCGCGCGCGCGGAAACAAUCAUCUCGCAGGCCGGCGAGGAGUUCAAGGCCGUGUUCCUGAACGAGUAUAAGCGGUUAAUGGGCCAGCGGCUCGGACUCAAGACGGGCAAGGAGUCUGAUUUCCAGGAACUGUUUUCCGAAAUGCUUGAUACGCUUGAGGCGCUGGAGUUGGAUUUCAACCACUUUUUCCGCCGGCUUUCGGGACUGUCUGUUUCGGGGUUGGAGACUGAGGAGCAGCGGAAGGAAGUUGCGUCUGUUUUCUACCACGUUGAUGGAUUUGGCGGGCUGGGUGAGACGGAUGAGUCGGCUAGAGCUCGUAUUGCUAAGUGGCUUGAUAGCUGGCGGGCGCGAGUGCUGGAGGACUGGGGUGCUGGCAAUGAUGCAGAAAGACAGGCUGCUAUGAAGGCUGUUAAUCCGAAUUUUGUGCCGCGUGGUUGGAUCCUGGACGAAGUUAUCGAGCGCGUGGAGCGCAAAGGAGACCGUGAGAUUUUGGACCGGGUGAUGCAGAUGUCUCUCGACCCGUUCAAAGAUUCAUGGGGACUCAACGCUGCAGAGGAAGAGCGAUUCUGCGGAGACGUGCCCAAGUACAAGAGAGCCAUGAUGUGCAGCUGCAGCUCGUGA